AUGUCGUCGCCACCUCCCAGCACGCCUAACGCGAUCAACCCCCGGAAACGGCCGUCCAUCUCGUCGACCGCGUCUCAGCAAGGCGGCAACAACGCCAAGCGGCCGCGCAUGCAUCCUCUCCGACAGACGUCCUUCCCCUCGGGUGGCGAUGCUGACGGUCGAGCUUACAGUGCCGCCAGCGAUGCAGGCAGUGUGACAGGUAGUUAUACGGGCAGUCUGGGCGGUGCCAGCGCGGCGACCGGUGAGGGCGUCUUCACGACCGGCAAGAAGAGAGGGCGCAAGAAGAAGGCGGACAAGGACAGGGAAGACGCUUCCAGUACUCGAGAGGGGCUCGAUACGCGAGUGGGCCCUGCCGAUAUUGAUGGGAGUUCAGUGAGAGGAGGGGCUGGCGGUGGGGGCGUAGAUGACGCGGAUGAGGAUGAGGAUCUGGAGGAUGAGGGCGACUUGCUGGGUGGGGAGGAUGGGCUUACGGAUACGGAGGCCGAGAAGAAGAAUCUUGCUAUCCUUGUCGACGCCUUCAAUCCCAUCCAGUCCGCCCGAUACGAUCUGUUCAAACGGGCCAAGUUGCGGAAGGAGACGCUGCGUCGGAUCGUCAACCAUGCGCUGUCGCAGUCGGUGCCUGCGAGCGUCGUGACGACGAUCAACGGGUUUACCAAGGUCUUUGCGGGCGAGAUCAUCGAGAAGGCGAGAACGGUACAGCAGGAGUGGGCGGAGGCGUUUGACCAGGCCGCUCGCGCGGAGUUUGAGAGAGAAGAAGCUGAAGCUGAAGCUGCUGCAGCGGCAGCAGCAGCCGCAGCUAGCAGGUCGUCCUCUGAGAAUCAAGAGGGAGCAAACGGUGUCAAACACGAGUCGCCUGAAGGAGGUGCCACUCCUGCUGGUGGUGGUACGCCUGCUACUACAGCACCAACGUCGAUACCAGCGAACAUUCCCGCUGCUCUUUCGCCCGCCCCUGUUCCUCCUGACCACCAAUCUCCGUAUGCUCCCAGCACAUCCAGCGAUGCACCACCCACCGUCCGGCCGAAACGGGAGUUCAAACCGCCUCCAAAUCCGCAUCGGGGCCAACUGCUGCCGUCGCACCUGCGGGAAGCGCUGCGCCGGUAUAAGCGGGACGGCGAGGGCGGCGGAGUCGGCAUGUCGGGGCUGAGUCUGGCGAACCUAGGGGUGCGAGGCACAUUUACGUGGAAUGUCGGGAUGGGGGGCAGGCGAUUAUUUAGGUGA